UGCCUGACAACACCGACAACAAAGUGAGAUUUCUGCUAUGCAAAUAUCUUUACACUGAUCGUACUUAUCAUUCAAGCAUAAUUGUCAAAGUUCAAGAGUAAUUGUCAACUACCACAAGCAUGGGAAAGACAAAUCCUGAGCCCCAGAAUGCCUCAGGUCAGGAGCCCCCAAUGUAUCUACAGAGGCCGUCAACAGGCCACUCACAAGAUGUGCGGCACAUCCUUGCCAAAUGUUUCCGGCAGUUAUACACUCGAGAUGCUGUAAGACCGGAGACCGUGAAGAAUCUUCAAGUAUCAAAAGGAGGAGAUGACCCAUAUCAUGAGAGAUAUGUUGACUCCCUACAGAAGGUCUACACUGAGUGGCAGAGACGUAUGGAUGAAGCAGCCAUGUUAGAAAGGCACAUCAUGCAAGCCCAGGCACGGGCAAUGUCAGCUGAUGAGAGGGAGUUGAAUAGAACAGCUCAAAGUUGUGACAAAUAUCCCGAUCUCGGACUUCCACCUGGUCGAUCCCAUUUCCGUUCCUGUAUUGACACGGAUCUUCUGAAGAAACACAACCUACUGACCCCCGAGGAUUACGCCACUGAGGACCCCAUGUCUGUACCACCACCCCAAGCUCCAAAGGUUCCGAGUUAUGCACGUGAAACACUGACAUCUCAGCAACACAGCCGGCGUAAUGAGGGACGGCAGGAUUCCCCCUUUCCUAUGGGGGACCAGCUGGCAGUUAGUGAGGAGUUCCCUAGCUUCAUCUCGGACGAAGAUAUGGAGACUAAGGGAAAUGAGUAUGAAAAUGAUCUGAACACAUUCCCUAGAGUUGAUGCCUGGAAACAGCACAUGACAGAGGAACAGCGUGAGAUGGAACGCCAUGACCUCGCCAACCUCAAUGCCAAGACAAACUACCUCCGCAACCAACGCUUCCUGUCAGGUUCGGCGCCCCCUGGUAUCAGAACCCUCAUCAAGCCACACAAGAAGAAACCCAAGGAGAUUGGGGUGGAACUGAAACCAGAAGACUCAAUUCCUCUGGAACCGACACCAAUAUUCCUGGCGUCCCCUCCAGAAGUUGUGUUCCGGGAGUAUCAGGUGGAACAAGUCUAUGAGAUUGUGUUGGAGCUGAAGAACAUCUCAACAGUGAUCCGCCAGUGCCGAGCCUUGCCUCCUUCAACACCCUACUUCACUGUAGGACUAGGUCAGUUCCCAGGGGAACAUGGCCUGGUUGCCGCAGGGAUGAGCUGCAAGUACCCAAUCCGUUUCAUCCCUGACUCUCUGAAGGACUUUGAUGAUGAGAUUGUGAUCCAGACCCAGUCAGCCAUCCCCCUCGUCAUCCCACUGCGUGGACGAAGAGACCCGCCCAUUCUCACACUUCCUCCAAUACUGGACACCGGUCACUGUCUGGUGGGUGGCUAUCACGUCGCCCAGUUCUUCAUCAAGAAUGAAGGCGGCACUGGCCGGUUCUGCAUCAUGCCAAGGACGGCAUGGCCCGCUAUUAACUUUAAGUCAGUGGUAUCCGAAGGCAAGGUUGUGAUGCCUCCAUUUGACAUGCGACCCUCAACGUUUGAGCUGAGGAGGGGCCAGUCCGGGAUAGUGGAGGUGAUCUUCAACCCCCACGCUGCCAAGGUGUUUAACCAGGAGAUUACAAUCGCCUGUGACAACUGCCAAGUACAGCACUUCUUGCUGAGAGGUGAAGGUCAGACAGCACAGGUCGCCCUGGAGCAGGUGGAAAGAGGAGAGUCAGAGGCCCUGCCAGGUGAACUGACCGACUUCUCCGCACAGCACCGCAUAGUGUUUGAUGACCUGAACCCAUACACCUACACUGACCGUGUCAUCACUGUGCAGAACCUGACGAAUGUUGACCUUCCCUUCCAAUGGCUGACCUACAAACCACACCUAAAUCCACCGGAUAACGAGUCUGUUGAUGCAGAAAAUGCAGAACCUCGAGAUCGCAUUCCUGACCUUGACACUGCUUUCAGUGUCAGCCCCAACAAUGGAAUGGUUCCUGCUAGUGAGAAGAUGGAGUUCAAGGUCACAUUUGCUCCUCCUUUGUUGAACUCCUUCCACAGUAUCCUCCACAUGGUGCUUCAACAAGUUCCACGCACAAGCCAGAGCAUGAGGGCCAUAGUUGGAAGGUCAAGUGCAAGGUCAGUUACAGCCAUUUCACAGAAGAGGUCAGUGUCAAGCAAUGAGAGCUCGGUACACAUGAAAGGGUCAAGGUCAGCGUCAUCUGACAGGUCAUCUGAAUCCUCUGGAGACGAAGAUGGAGAAGUCAUCAUUCCCAUAGAUGGUCCCAUCUACUGUGACACUGUUGGCCUGGAGAUUGAGGUGAAGGGGAAGAGUGUCCCCCUCAAUGUUGUCCUCCACCCCUACGCCAUCUUCCUGCCAGGGAAGAACCCCAUCGGCACCACCAUCAAGAAACUCUUCACUAUGGCCAACCAUAGUUUCUCCACCAUCACCUUCCAGUGGCAGCCUCACAGCGACAAGCACAUCAUCGAGGUGGAGCCUCCUUUUGGAGAACUAGACCCUGGUAUGGCGAUGGACCUGGAGCUGAGUCUGACUGGUGUGGAACCGGGGAAGAUCAGCACCACACUGUACUGCUUGGUCCUAAACAUGGACGACCCCCUGGCUCUCCACAUAGAGGCUGACAUGAAGGGUCCAGAGAUCACGGUGGAGGAACCUGACGUCAACUUCGGCCUGGUGCGACUCGGCCAGACGGUACAGCAGACAGUGACCCUGUACAACCAGUCCCAGCUGAUCACAAAGUGGCACAUACAGGAUUCACCGCUUCCACUGUCUGAUGACCCGAUGGCUCCCAGUGAGUUCACAUUCAGUCCAGAGUCUGGUGAACUUCGACCUCUGGAGAGGAAGGUCAUCACUGUGACCUUCACCCCAAAAUCAGCGCAGACUGUCAAGAGGGUGUUGGAGAUAGACAUCGAGGAUGGAAACAAAAGCUCUAUCGCAGCGUAUGCAGAAGUUCAGAGUCCAUCAGUGUGCCUGAAGGAGAGCUGCUUGGUCCUGCCCGAGGUGUACCUGGGGGUGCCGUGUAGGUCAGAGGUCGUGCUGAUCAACCAGGGUCUCAUACCGACCCGCUUCCACAUCGGACAGGUUGAGGGGGAGGAUGUGGAGGAGUGCAGUGUGGAAAUGGACAAGACAGCAGCGCUCAUCAAACCACGUGAAGAGUGUGUCAUCAACCUUGACUUUGUCGCCAUGAGAGAGGGUGUGUUUUCCGACGUGCGUUUCCCGGUGUAUGUCGACGGCAUGGAGGUGCCGCAGGUGUUCAGUGUGUCCUGCGACGUCAGGGGAAUGUCUGUUCAGUUAUCUACAUCAGAGGAUGGGGAGAUCAAGAGUGAUCAACUGAUCUUGCACUUUGGUCAAGCUGUGGAGUUGGGUAGUUCCCCUCAGCGUUAUCUCUUCAUCGAGAACAAGACUGCCAUUAAUGCUCCCUACACUGUCAAUGUGGACUUCCUGUUUGCCAGGCCACCUACACCACCUGAGAAACAAGGGGAGAAAACUAACAUAAGUCGUAGAACUCUGUUGGGUCGCACACCAAACUUGGCAGACCCUUUCAGUAAGACUUCAGAGAAAGCUGAAGCAGACUUGAAACGAGCCAUGUUGUCCCAAGGCAAUGGUGCUGCCUUUGCAGUUACCCCAGCAACAGGCAUCCUGCGGCCUUUGGCGCAGAGGCUGGACAUCACAGCCUAUAGCGACAUGUGGGGCAGCUACACGGACAAGCUGGUGGUCAAGAUUGGAGACAUGGCGCCAACUGAGGUGCCUCUCGCUAUGACAGUUGUGGGCUGUCCGCUCCAGUUUCAGAUGACUGCAGCCAAGCCGGAACAGAACCCAGUGGUCAGAUUCGGGACGCAUGUGUCGGGUGUGGCUGCUGUGAAGAGAGGAAUGAGGAUCAAUAACAACAGUCCCCACGAUAUCCGUGUUGACUGGCGAGUUUUCCUUGUGGACGCGCAGGAUGACCAACUUCUUGACCUCAAUGUGUGUUACGGUCGACCCUUCCCACCCCGUGAUGAAGAUGGAAUGGAGAUUCCACCGAGAGAAGAUGAUUACGUUUUCCGCUGCGGAUCUAUCAUUGCCCUGUUUUCAUGUUGUAUAACUCAGGCCCGUGGCAACGACAGCCGAAUCUACCGCCCCGAGGCCUUUGAUGCCGCUACCACCCGUCUGGACAUGACUGGCCAACUAAAACCAGCGCUACUCAGCAUCGAGUACACAGACGAUGAAGGGAUGAGGUACCGGUCAACGAUGAGUGACCUCUUGGAAGAUGGACAGACUUUGCCGGAGUCACUGAGGGUGUGCAGCACCAUGCUGUCCAACAACACAGAGACUCCUCUCAUCUUCAGGCUUCAGGUCAACAAUCCCUUCAUGCUGGUUGACCUGAACCCAGCAACAAACCCGGAGAAGGCUUCCAGGGCGAUGGAGACUGGCUUCCAUACCCUUCGACCUCAACACAACCUGCUGGUGAAGGUGGCGUUCCAGACAACCACACAGCUGCUGGACACAAUUAUACCCAUACUAAAAACCAAGCUGCCGUCAGGUCGCAAACUGGAAAUACAGGAUGACCUGCUCAUCGAAUUCAACAACACCACCAUACAGAGAGUGCCGCUGAAUGCCACGCUGGCCAUCCCCGAGAUCGAGCUGUCGAAGCUGUCGCUGGACUUCGGCACGUGUCUGGUGGGACAGGAGAGGGUCCUGGAGUUCUUCAUCACCAACCACACAUCCUCCCACAGCUUCUGGACGGCCACCAUCGAGAAUCCCUCAGACACGUGUGUACACGAGACGUUCAAGGUGCUGCCCUCUAGUGGGCUGCUGGAUGCCCACAUCACUCAUGUCAGCAACAGCAAGAUGUUGAUAAAGGUUCACUUCAAAGCCAAACACGCGGAGAACUACGAAGCAGUCUUCCUGUUCCAGGGGGCCCUGGGAGAGUCCUCCAAGAGGUUGUAUGUCAGAGGUCAAGGGUCAUAUGACGGCAAACAUGAGGCUAUGCUCAAUAUAUAGUCCAUCAACGUGUAUGUUCGACAUAUGGCAUAACAGUGCUCCUGUACAAACUCAUUCUGAUUUUUUAAAUCUUUGCCAAAAAGUAAUAUUAUACUGGUGUAUUUCUGGAGAAACAUAAGAUGUAUGUGAUAGAUAAAUAGUGUAAGUAAUAACUCGACUAUGCAAGGAUUUUACUUUUGAGGAUAAACUUUUCAGCAUUGUCUUUAAAUUUUAGACAAUGGAGUCAUCUGUGGUCACUGGUAGGCCUCUGGUUUAGGAGUGUUGCUUGGAACAGCUAAAUGGCUAAAAUACAUGCAAGGAUAGAUGCAGCCACUUGUCCAUCGCUCUCUUUUGAACACAUUCAUCUUUUAUCUGAAAUAAGCUGUAGACUAGCCAGACCAGCUUGGUAUAUUGAGAGCGUGUUGCAUUAUACCAAUAUACUGCAACAGAGUCCUUAAGGACCAGCCAUCAUAAGGUUGAUGUUUGUUUAAACUUUGGUAGUUCAUUGAUCACAUUAUUAUUUAUAUAUUCAGCUAUUUAUUGAUGUUUGUUGUUUCCAAGGCUUAACAUCUGUGAUAAAACUUCAUAUUUUAGCAAAGUUCUUCAAGUUCUCAACUAUUGACUGUGUUGUAUUGUUUGAAUAAAGAGACAUCAUAUCCAUAGUAA